AUGUGUAAACAUAUUCUGAAUGCCCAAGUGUCGAUACGAUCACCCUGCUGUCGGAAAUGGUUCGACUGUGCAGAGUGUCAUGCCGAGCAGGAAGAUCAUCCUCUCAUGCAGAGUUUCGACAUGAGGCUGAGAUGCCCGUACCCGAACACAUCCCAACCCAACCCAGAAGCUGAGAUGAACCCGAACCCGAAACCAAACCCAGCCCAACCCAGCCAUGGACUUGGACAUGGUUAUGGGUAUGGAUAUGGAUAUGGACCUGCAGAACCAAAGUCCCAGCAGCCAGACAUCUAUGAGAGGGCCAAGGCGAGGGCGAGGGUUCAAGCAACCAUGUUGAAGUUUGAACCGCGGCUGGCGCAGACGUUCAUCUGCAAAAAGUGCAGAAAGGCAUUCCGGAAGAACACGAAGGAUUGGGACGAGAGUGACGAGUACUGCCCCAACUGCGACAAUCACUUCGUCAUCGAGGCCGCAACGCCCAAGGCCGCCUUGAAGGUGGAGAGCGAUGAUGUCCGCGUGGAUGCCCGGUAA